ACAGUUUUGUUGCAAAAUAACAUUCUGUGGGCCUACUUUUUAUGGCUAUUUUAAACCAUAAAAUAAACUUCAGGCCAAUUUUCUUUCUGAUUGUAGCGUCCACCGCGUUCACCAACUCGUCAUAAUUCAGAAUUCAUUCAAAUCAUAAUAGUGGAUGCUGGCUUUAUAAAUUCGACUGUUUAAUGGAAAAAUUUCUUCAACAAAGCACAGCACUGAAGGCAAUUGGGUGGCAUAAAUGCAUGUACACAGACAUGUUAUCUGUAUAUUGUUUAGGCGAGUCAGAGCGGGCAUAAUUUUGUCUGUUUUUAUGCUAUAUUGAAUCUUUACACCGAAUUCUGAGCAGGCACAGAGCAACCUUAACUUGACGGUGUAAAGAAAAAUGCCUUAAGAUUAGUUAAUAACUGCAUGUAGAUGUGUCUUGUUAGAGAGCUGCCAUAAGGUGUGGAUGCGUGAGUCUCUCAGAUUAGCCUUUGAGACCUAUCCUGUCCCUGGCUUCACACCAGUUCAUUACACAUGUAAGUGCAUUACCAUAAUCCCAAGACUUGCUGUGAACCCACCGAAGCCAGUCAGUCCUAAACACAGAUGAAUGAAGACGAGCUAAGGAAGUCUCUGGCGGUAAUGGUGUUUUACGAAGCUGCCCUGCCUUCUUCAGAGCUUGUUUUAGAUGUCCUAUCUCUAUACAACUAAAAUCAUGUCAAGUGCGGCCAUAUGUUUCUGGAUGAUACUGUUGCUGUAUGCAGGAGUCUCCAGUGGGUGUGAUCCAAACCUGUGCAUGAAUGGUGGUGUGUGCGUGAAACAGGAUGGACAAUACAUAUGUCAAUGUUCCAAAGAGCGCUAUAAUGGACACCUCUAUGGGGGGCCGAACUGCAUGGUGGUCCUGCUGGGCUGUGAGCGUCAUUGGUGCCAGAACGGGGCCACUUGCCAUCCAUACCUGGACAAAGGACGACAUCGAUACAGCUGCAUCUGCCCUGAGGGCUUCACUGGAACAAAGUGCCAGACGUCCACCACCUUCUCUUUUGAAGAAAGUGGAUUUAUCCAGGUGCAGACCAUCCUCACUGACGCUUCUGAGCCCUUGAAUGUCACUCUGAGUUUUCGCACAUUGCAGGAAGAGGCCACUCUGCUCCAGUGCCAAGUUGAAGAUCAGCUUCUUACCCUAGAGUUAGUGGAUGGAAAACUACGGCAUACAUUGCAGCGAGCCCAGGACACCGAAAGCGUUCUUCUAGAGCUCCCAGCGAGGGUUUCCGACGGCCGCUGGCACACGGCGAAGGCCUCGCUGCACAACAGCAUGUUUGGGCUGAGUCUUAGUGACCCGUCUUGUCCUGGAGACUUGUGUGUCAUGGAAGUCCAGAUAGAUCAAGCAGAGCACGAAUUGGGUUCAGGUCUAUCCGAGUUGACUGUGAUGCAGAAUCUCUACAUUGGUGGAAGAGGGGAACAAGGGGCUGGUUCAAGCUUUCUGGGAUGUAUGCGGGAUGUGUGGUUGGAUUCACGCAUAGUGGUGCCUGGAUUGGGACAGAGGGCUCCCAUUAGGCAAUUUAAUGUGAAACAGGACUGUGGUGACUGGGACCAAUGCAAGGAAAACCCGUGCCAGAACAGAGGCAGAUGUGUCAAGACAGGAUGGAGGAGUUUUAGCUGUGAAUGUCAUCGGCCUUAUGAGGGAAAGAACUGUUUAGAGGAGUAUGUUGCUGCGAGGUUUGGCAAUGAAGAUUUGGAGAGCCACGCUCUGUUCAGGGUGGAUGAAGACGACCCAGGUGACAGCACUUCCGUGUCCAUGUUCGUCCGCACGCGCCGCUCACAGGGCCUGCUCCUCGUCCUCUCCAACAGCACCAGUCAGUACCUCCGUGUCUGGCUGGACAAUGGCAAGGUCAAAGUUCAGAUCAACAACUUUGAAAGCCUGCUAGGAAGGGAAGUGGUCAAUGAUGGCCACUUUCAUCUCAUAACUGUGCUUGUGGAACCGGAAUCAUUGUCCCUGUUUAUGUCUGCUAAGAGCGAGGGUCGUGUCCCUAUCCGUCGCGUGCUGGUCCAGGCUGGGGACGCAGUACACGUGGGAGGCUUAGCGGAUCGCCGUGCAUCGCUAGCCUUUGGGGGAUACUUUAAGGGCUGUAUCCAAGAUCUCCGUAUGAAUGGCAGACACCUGCAGUUCUACCCAGCCAGUGUCCCGGUGAGCUCCUACAGGCUCGAGAGUUUGCUGAAAGUCACACGCGGCUGCACUGGCGACGACUCCUGCAGUAUCAAUCCCUGCUUGAAUGGAGGUGUGUGCUACUCCAUGUGGGAUGAUUUCACGUGCAGUUGCCCACCUAAUACGGCAGGGCAACGCUGCGAGGAAGUCAAGUGGUGUGAGCUGUCCCCAUGUCCCGCCGCUGCCAUGUGUCAAGCACACACUCAGGGUUUUGAAUGUGUGGUCAAUGUCAGCCUCCGAAGUGAUAGCCACAUAAUCACCUAUCGUGGUAAUGGAAAAAUAAAGCGAUAUCUCAGCAGCAUUUCAAUACAUUUCCGUACCAGGCAGCAGAACGCGACUCUACUACAUGCUGAGCGGGAUGCUCAAUUUAUUACCAUUUCUAUCCAAGAUGGACAUGUAGUUUUAGAGCUGCAGGGAGAAGAACUAUCCCCCUAUUUGUAUAUACACAGUCCGGACCUGGUUAGUGAUGGACAGUGGCACAGGGCAAAUUUCAGCAUGGACAAUCCAGCCUUAGAGUCAUCCAGAUGGAGACUGGUUCUGGAUGAGGACUGGGAGAAACCCACCAUCUCAAUUACAGCCUCAGAAGAUCUGGAUUUCCUGAGAGAAGAUGUGGACAUCAUCUUAGGGGGGUUGGGACCCAAUUCGGAGGACAACUUCGCUGGCUGUCUUGGUUUGGUGGAGAUUGGUGGCCUUGCAUUGCCAUAUUACAGCGACAUGGAGAUGAACCUUCCUAGGCCCCAGGAAGAGCACUUUCUGAGAACCUCUGCGACUCCCUACAUUGGCUGCUGGCGAUCUAAUGUCUGUGAGCCUGACCCAUGCCAAAAUGGUGGGGUUUGUGAAGAUCUGUUCAACCUUUUCAAGUGCCAUUGCCCAUCUGAUUGGGAUGGCCAACUCUGUGAACUGACUGUAGACACUUGUGCCUCAAACCCUUGUGUUCACGGAGCCUGCAGAGGGGUGUCAGCAGGAUAUGAGUGCUCGUGUGACGUGGGCUACACCGGCCGACACUGUGAAAUGGUGGUGGACGUAUGUGCCAACCACAAGUGCAGCAAUGGUGGAACAUGCCUAAGAGGACUGAAACGCUACGCAUGUCUCUGUCCGAGAAACACGACAGGACCUUACUGCAGGGAGAGAGUCCCAGAACUUCCAUGGUAUAUCGACAGGUUUCCAUACCCUAAACUGCCUGUGUCUUUCUGUGGGAAUGAGAGAUGGAACUACAGUUGCUUCAAUGGUGGGAAUUGCUCCUCUGUAGAAGAUAAUUGUGAAUGUCUACCUGGAUUCACUGGACAAUGGUGCGAGCUGGAGCUGGAUGAAUGUGCAUCUGACCCCUGCCUUAACGGAGGCUUCUGCCGUAACCUGAUCAACAGGUUCCUGUGUGUGUGCGAGAUGAGCUUUGCUGGUGACCACUGUCAGAUUGACGUCAGUGACUUCUACGUCUAUGUGUUCCUGCUCCUGUGGCAGAAUAUCUUCCAGCUGUUGUCAUACCUCAUUUUGCGUUUAGAUGAUGACCCAGAGGUUGAGUGGAACGCAGCCAAUGAUGACUAGGACUAAAAACACUUCCGAAAAAGACACUCUGAGGACUCUUGAGGAAGAUGUGAGGUGAUGUUGAAUGGACACACACACACUCUAAGCAGUUGACCAAUCACAAAACAACCCAUCCAACCAAAACAAUCCCAUUCAACCAGCAACCACUAUGCAUUUAACCACAGGUUAAGAGCUGUCGUUCCAACCACACAACUUUGCGAUGCUGUUUGCGAAUGUUUGUUGGAACAAUGGUUUCGGGAAACAUCGACUCGUUGAACUAUGCUGAUAAUGACGGAACUUAUGAACAUAGUUAGCUAAUGAUGCUUUUGGGAAACGCACCCCAGCACUUUACUGACAGACUAUGAAAAGAGGUGUUGCAAAAAUGUCAAAUAUGUGUAAAUUAAGGCAUUUUAAAAAAAUCAAUCAUAUUUUAGUAGACCCCAAAAACUAAAUCAUGCAUUUCAAAAUGGUCAUAAUGGCUCCCCUUUAAAUAUUAACAUUAUGAGUCGGUUUUCUGAAUCAAAUGUAGUUUAAGAACCAAACAAUGAGAAAACCGAUAUAUGAUUUUUAAUCCCAUCAUUAAAUGAUUUUUUUAUCAA